UCUCAAUGACCGAAAUGAAAGUGUGCACGGAAUGCGCGCGAGCCCAUGAGCAUGCUUAGCCCUUCUCCCUACUGCCAUGAUUGAAAUAGAAAUACCUUUUACCUGUUUUCACUUCGAAUUAAUGUUAAAUACCUAUCGAAAGAGAAACUCGUUUACUUCGGGGAGUAUGGUUGGCGAUUUUUCUGUGUAUCGUUAAUGACUGUAAAGUUAUUUGUCGGAUGCAAUGCUUGAGUCGCUGCAGUGUAUCGUGAGAUUUAAUCCUUGGGACGCUGUCGUCAUCUCUAUAUAUUUCGAGUUGGUAGUUAUUACGUGAAAAUAUAUUCAGACUCAUGGGAGUGGAGAAGGUAUUUAUCUGUCUGAAUGCACGUAUUCAAAGUCUCAACUCGGCAAAAAUCUGUACCCCCCCUUUAGGAUCCGGUGUUUUCUUAGGAGGGGGCCUUUUCCCUCGUCAGAGAGCGAGCGGCACUGUAAACAGGACUUGACCGAGUCCUCCUUGGUCUACACCUUUCGCUAGCAGCAGCACAGCACUACAGAACUAGCGAAGAGAUAAUCAGCCAAGUCGGAUCAUGAUUUCUUCUGAUAGAAACACAAGUGAAAAACACGAACGUAGGUCAAGAAGUGCUCAAAAUGAUCGUAGCUCGGUGAUUUCCGGGCAGACACCUUAUUCAAUAAAUCGAACGAACAAAACUACGACAAGAAGUGCGUCUCACGGAAGUCUCUACGAUAACAACUCAGACAUUUAUGUGACUAGUGCCGCCUACAAAGCACCCUCAGAAAUAAGCCAAGGAUCGCGAUAUAGUUUAACACCAAGCACAAGGGUAGGUCAUGGAGCACCCAACAGUACGUAUGGUUACCCUUCGGGAAGAUCAGGUACGUCAACGACAAAAACACGUACUUCAAGAAAAGGAGGACUUGUUAUGGAAACCAUGUCGGCGCCGAAUCCAUUCUGUCCUAACACAAAAGGCAUAUGCUGUUUGAUGCUAUUAUUAAACCUUGGACUGAUCCUCGUUACCCUUGGAUUUGUUAUAGUCCUGCAAUUUUUUGAACCCCUGUUUGUAUGGAUCCUCGGAAUAGUUUUCCUAAUAUUUGGAUGUCUGACGCUUAUGGGUAGCUUAGUAUAUUGCGUACACGUGUUCAGAGAAGCUAAACAUCCAAGGGAUAUUAAUCAAGAGGAUUUAUACUGGUCUUGGCACUGGCAGAGGCGCAUCAAUUCACCACCAGAGAUACACUAUAAAGCAGAGGAUAAAUACCACGACGACGAGUACAGUGAUCGACUCAGCAAGUACUCGGGAAAGAUGUCCGACAAACACAGCCAACGAUAUUAGGAUAAAGAGCAUAGAGACUUAUCAAGUUGAAAAAAAUAAAAAAAAUUGAAAAAUAAAUGAUAUGAAAUACCAUCAGAAAUUAACAGAUCGAAAGUACCUAUACCAUAUGUAUAAAUGUAAAUAACCACAUUUACUGACCAAAAAUUUCUGAUCUCAAAAUGACGCGAUCAACCUAACCAAAGGCAAAUGCAUAUUAUGUCUAUAAUAAUCAAAAGAAUAUAGUUAAAGAAAAAUAGAAGGUAAUUUGUUUUAUCAUUUCUUCAGAUAUUUUUGUGUUCAAAUAUUAUUUGAAAGUGAUUCUUUGUUUUUAUAUUUUCAGACCGUAAUCGCACUAUGAAAAUUUAAUGAGGUGAAGUAAUUUGUUAACAUUAUUGCGACUGAACUGAUGGAACUGUGUGUAUAAAAUACGAAUUCAUCGAUUGUGCAAUGAUCUCUUCCGCGCAACGCGUGAUAUAAUGAACGCAUAUAAUAUAAAUCGUAUGUAACGAAUAAUCUCGAGUCAACUAGUUUAACAUAUAUGAAAUAAAUAAUUUAUAUUUUCGUUAUCGAA